AUGUUCCAUGUGACAAAAAGACUUCCAAACAACAGAAUUGAAGAGUCUUUUAAGGAGAUCUUCAAACCACUUAUUGAUGAAUUGCGCAGUAAACAGGAAUGUUUUCCACGAACAAUUGUUUUCUCAUCACUUAAAUGGUGUGGAUUUGCUCACGAAUUGUCCUUAAUGCCAACUUUUGACAGUGAUAUAGAUGAUAUAUCUGGUCUGGUGGCUCAAUUCCAUGCCUCAUGCACUAACAAGAUGAAGAAAGAGGUGAUCGAUGGCAUGCAGACCAUGAAUUGUGGUAUCAGAUUGUUAUUUGCAACUGAGGCAUAUGGGAUGGGUGCAGAUCCAAAACAAGUCAGGCGAAUUAUCCAUGCCGGUGUACCAAGAACAAUGGAAACAUACAUUCAGGAAGUUGACAGAUGUGGGAGAGAUGGGGAAGAAUCUGAGGCUAUUUUGUACUACAACGCAUCUGACAAAGCACACAAUGUGAAAGGCAUGACUGAGGAAAUGAGGAAAUACUGUACAACAGAUGAAUGUCGUAGAGUGUCACUAGCCUCACAUUUUGGUCAGGAAUUUCCCAAGGACUAA